CUUUAUAUUACAUGCCAUCAACAUCAAAGUCUUUCAAUAUCCAAGGAUGUACUAGAUAUGACUGAUUCAAUUGAGUUUACCUUUUUCACCUACCCAUGUAGCUAUGUGGAGAUACUAGAUAGCUUCGACCUAUAAAUAUCUACCCAGGCACAACACUUUUCCCUGGUUGGUCUGCUGUCGCCCUGAUCAUUUGUGACCAAUGGAAUAUCUUGGAACUUGGAACUAUGGACCGACUUGGCUAUCUAUCUCCAAGGUAGAACGUCGAUAUCGACACCGGUCUCGAAGUCGACAUCAUCUAUAGUACAACAACAUCUAUCAUCCAUUACGACGCACUUAUCAGUCCUUUGAUAUGGGGCAUACUCGAUUCAUCAAUUGUUGGAAAUGUUCCCACGGCAACCUAGAUAAUUCUCCUCUCACUAUCAAUGAAGAUGGUGUGAUAAUUGAUAACCAAUUUUGUGACGCUGAUGCGGAAGUGGUGGACCUCAAAGACAGUAUUAUCGCUCCUGGCUUUAUUGAAUUGCAAAUCAAUGGGGCCUUGGGUUUCCAUUUUGCAAAUUAUGUCGAUCCUACCAGUUAUCAUGAUGGUGUACAAAAGUUAUCGCAAUAUCUCCCAAGCACAGGAGUGACUGCGUUCUACCCCACAGUACCUACUGUCCGACCUGAUGUUUUUCACAACGUCCUACCAUUUCUGAGACCAUACGAUUCAUCUACCGGGGCCAGCGUACUGGGUGCACACGUUGAAGGACCCUUCCUUGCUCCGAGUAAGAAAGGUGCCCACAAUGCCGGAAAUCUGCUCGUUCCCGAAACUUCGACUCUUGAAGAUGUCUAUGAAAAACACAAUCUCUUAAAUGCGAUUCGAAUUGUAACAAUGGCUCCAGAGCUACCCGGGGCAUUGGAGCACAUCCGAAAACUGAGAGACAAGUACCCAAUUGCGGUGAGUAUGGGACAUAGUGCGGCCACCUAUGAGCAAGGAUUGAAGGGUAUGGACGCCGGUGCGUCUCUAUUGACUCACACUUUCAAUGCUAUGAAUCCUUUGCAUCACAGAGAACCAGGGCUAGUUGGUCUUAUAUCUAGUCCAAAAGCUGGAAACCGAUGGAACCCGUCUUUCUCAUUGAUUGCCGAUUCUAUUCACCUUCAUCCAUCAAUUGUCUCCAUGGCCUAUCACGCCUCUCCACAAGAGGCUAUCUUAGUAACCGAUUCCGUCGAGCUUUCCGGUCUUCCAGAUGGUAUUUAUCCUGGGCAUUCCCAGAUCCCGCAUCCACAGCUCAAAAUAGGAAACAAAGUGACUAUAGCUGGAACUGAAACCCUUGUUGGUACUUGUAUUCCACUAGAUCAGUGCGUCAGGAAUCUCAUGGAAUGGGCAAACAUACCAAUCGAAAAGGCCGUAAUGACAGUCACUGAGAACGUAGCAGCUCCGAUGGGUUUAGUGGAUAGAGGUGACUUAGGAUCCGGCUGCAGAGGGGAUUUUGUAGUGAUGGAUAAACAAGGGUAUGUAAAAGAGACUUGGGUGCUAGGAAAGAAGAUAUGGAGCAGCAGUUGAAAGUAGAUAGCUCGAAGGUUUAAUACACGUAGACCCUAGAGUGCUUUCAAAGUCCUCGUAAUAUCAUUCUUCACAUCGAUAACUUUUCAGAUUUCUUUCAUUCAUCUUCGAAGCCGGAACUUUCCCUCAAUAGUAAAUG